AUGGCGUCGUACGGCUUGCUUGAUCAACCAGAGGAAGAUAACCUACACAAGUUACGCCUUUUGAAUGUCGAAGAGAAACCCUUCAAGCGUAUAUCGAAACGACUCCUUAACCCAAGCUCACUCGUGAUUUCCAAUGCGACAAUCCUUCCUACCCCACCGCCUGACGAAACGGACGAGAACGCUACAGCAGCAGCAGAAGCUGAGAAGCAGAAAAGGCUGGAUGAAUGGCGCAAUUUCCGCGAGGAUGUGACUCUGGAUUUUGCUUCGUUUGAAGGCAGUAUCGCGCGCAUUCAAUUUCUCCUUACGAGCAACGAGCGAGAACGCGAGCGGUAUGCCGCCGAAAAGCUUCGGAUUUUAUCCACAAUGCAGGCCGUUCGCGAAAACACAGCAGAACUACGGGUGCAACUUGAGGAAGCUCAACGGCUACUAGCAUUACGGAAAAGCUAUGAUGAACUGGCCGAGAAGAUCACAAACAACAGGCUUCUAAAGCCACGCGAAGAUCAGCAGGCGAACCUACAGAAGCUUCAAGCAGAAAUUGCAGAUCUCGAGAAUGAAAGCAAGGAAUAUGCCAAGACAUGGGCCGAGCGGCGAGAACAGUUUGGCCGCAUUGUAGAAGAGGGCAUGCAGCUUCGGCGUCUCAUUCGGGAUGAGAAGGAGGAGGUGGAGCGCAGAGAGGGUAUGCAAGAAGGCGAAGAUGGAGAUGAAGGGGAUGUUCCUUCGAAAGGCAAAUCUAGCGGAGCCAAUACACCUCGACCAGAGUCCGAUACCGUCACUCCCUCUCAGCACAGCCAGGAUGAAGCGGGCCGAUCUUCAGCUGGUUUGCACGCAGAGAGAAUGUCUGCGACAACAGGGGCAGCGUCUCCCUUGCGAAACGUAUCCACCGCGGACCAAGACGAUACCAACAUGGACGAAGGUGAAGUAACCGGAGAGGAGGGGUCAGAACACCCUGACGAAUUGGAAGAAGGAGAGGCUGAACCGGAUGAUAAAACUGCUGACAGGAUGGACACUACGUGA